AUGAAGAGGAAGCUGGACGAGAACAAUGUGCCGACUCCUGAAAACUCCGGGCCAAAGGCUCUAGAAAAGACCUUCGAGACCCUCCACUUAGAUCCCAGGUUGCUCCAAGCUUUAACAAAGCAGAAAUUUACGAAACCAACAUUAGUUCAGGCAGAGGCAAUUCCACUGGUCUUAAGCGGGAAGGAUGUGCUGGCUCGUGCAAAAACAGGGUCGGGCAAAACCGCGGCGUAUCUCCUUCCGAUUUUGCAGUCAAUUUUGCAAAAGAAGAUUGCCAAUCCCACCCAGAAGUCGAUCUCAGCCCUGAUACUCGUGCCUACUCGAGAGCUUGCUGAACAGGUUCAAAACGCCGUGGUCUCGUUUUCUUCCUUCUGCGGAAAAGACAUACGGUCCGCAAAUCUCACGCAGAAAGUUUCAGACGCCGUUCAACGAGCAAUCCUCGCUGACCUCCCUGAUAUUAUCAUUUCUACUCCUGCAAGGGCGAUCAUAAAUACCAACAGCUCCUCGUUGUCGCUUAACGAUUUAACGCACUUGGUAAUUGAUGAAGCCGAUCUUGUCCUUUCCUAUGGGUACGAACAAGAUAUGCAAAAUUUGGCAAAAGCCAUUCCCCGUGGUGUCCAAACGCUGUUGAUGAGCGCGACGCUCACGUCCGAGGUUGAUGCUUUGAAAGGCUUGUUUUGUAGAAGCCCAGUUAUCUUGAAGCUAGAGGAAGCGGAGGAUGAAGGAGCCGGAAUCGCGCAAUUCGCAGUCAAAUGCGCGGAAGACGAAAAGUUUCUUCUAACUUAUGUUAUAUUCAAAUUACAGCUUGUCAAGGGAAAAUGUAUCAUAUUUGUUGGAGAUAUAGAUCGAUCCUAUCGUCUCAAACUAUUCUUGGAACAGUUUGGUAUAAAGAGCUGCGUUCUCAACUCGGAACUACCGGUCAAUUCCAGGAUUCACGUCGUCCAAGAAUUCAAUAAAGGUGUAUAUGAUAUCAUCAUUGCUGCCGAUGACCAGGAAGUUAUAGGAGAGAUACCAAAGAAAGGAUCUAAGACGCCCGAGCAGUCAAAUGGUGAAAACGGAGACGAGCCAGAGGAGGAGAAAGGCUUCAGCGACGAGGACGAAGUCGAACCGCCGCCUAGUAAGAAACGCAAAAAGUCUACCAAAGAAAAGGACUACGGCAUCUCCCGAGGAAUUGAUUUCCAAGAUGUCGCCUGUGUCCUCAACUUUGAUCUUCCCACGACUGCCAAAUCGUACACCCACCGUAUCGGGCGGACUGGGCGAGCUGGCAAAACCGGCAUGGCUCUAUCCCUCAUUGUGCCUUCAGAACUGUACGGCAGACAUAAGCCUACAAGUUUUCCAACUACCAAAAACGAUGAGGCAGUUCUCGCGAAAAUCAUCAAGCGCCAGGCCAAGCUUGGACGAGAAGUAAAGCCAUACAAUUUCGACACAAAGCAGAUCGAUGCCUUCCGGUACAGAAUGACUGAUGCCCUCCGUGCCGUCACACGGGUGGCUGUCCAAGAAGCCCGGACCAAAGAAAUCAAGCAGGAGCUCCUGAACAGCGAGAAGCUGAAGCGACAUUUUGAAGAGAACCCAGAAGAACUGCGGCAGCUUCGACACGAUGGCGAGCUACGACCAACGCGCGUCCAGGCACAUUUGAAGCAUGUGCCAGAGUAUCUAAUGCCCGCAAAGGGGAAAGCUGGUCUAACUAGUGGGGAUAUUGGGUUUGUAGGAUUGAGGAAAACAAAUGAGAAUCGGAUAAGGAAGGCCAGGGAUAGGAACCGAAUGAGAGGGAAAGGCGGUAGGAAAGGUGGUCGUGGAGGCGGAAGAAAAGCCGAUCCUUUGAAAACGUUUAAAAGUAAAUAA